UCUUCUGCUCCUACAAGAGGGAAGGGAAGGCAUGUGUUGAACAACUUAGAAGCACACACGAAAACACUCGUUAGGAAAUUGACGCCAUUCCUGAGGAUUUUCUUUUUCGUGACAGUUAGCCGAAGCACUCGUGUUCACAAGAAACGAUGAAGCUCCCGAGGAUGGCACCCUAUUGACGAUCUUAAUCAGCAUCAUCAUCAUACUAAUUAAACUGCCUAGCUAACCGUCCACGAGCCAAUUAACAGGGGGAGAAGACUUUAAUUUGGAAAAUCAAACACACACACACGAGAAAAUGGAGAGCGUGGUGCAACUCUGGAGUGACUGGGAAAUCCAGUUGCUAAUGCUCCUUAGCUUCACACUGCAGAUGCUGCUAUUCUUCAGCGGAGGCUUGCGGCGGUGUAGCACCAAGGCACUAGUUAGGUUUUGCCUGUGGAUAGCAUACUUGGGGGCAGAUAUGGUAGCACUUUAUGCCCUUGGUUAUCUCUCACGACACCAAGAUGUCAUCAUUGGAGGGAGCACAUUGAGGGAGGUUCACCCACUGUCUUUCCUUUGGGCACCAUUCCUUCUCAUGCAUCUUGGUGGGCAGGAUACUAUCACUGCAUUUGCCAUUGAGGAUAACAACAUGUGGCUGAGACAUUUGUUAAAUCUGGGAGUCCAAGUUGCUUUGACCCUAUAUGUCUUUUGGAAGUCAGUGGAUCGCCAUAAUGUACAUAUCCUAAUUCCUGGCAUCUUUUUAUUUGUUGCUGGCAUCAUCAAGUAUGGAGAGAGAACAUUGGCACUCAUGCACAAUAGUGGAUGGCCGAAGGAAAGGCCGUUGUGGUCUAAUUCCAUGGGGCAGUACAAUUUUCUGAGCUACUUGGGUUGUGACGAGUCAAGGCUGUCCAAGCUAGUGAAAAAAGUAAUAAGGAAGAUGGGGAGCCUAGUUGGCGCUGGAGAGGAAGCAGGAACGUCCUUGUGGAUGAGCAAGCUGUUAGACACCAAAAGUUACUACUGGACUCAUAUGAAUUUUGGCUAUGCUAUUGUGUACUUUCAUAUAUUUACAGAGGUGCACCUAUCGAACUAUUAUCUUCAUGAGGUAUUGGCCAGUGUGUGCCGGAAACUAUCCAACUACAUGCUCUACCUUUUGGUGAGACACCCUGAAAUGUUGCCGGUCAGUGGCACUGCUGAACCUACCUUGAAAUUCUUUCUUGGCAGCAUUACUUACAGAAAUGACCACUACAAGAAUAGAACCCUAAAAAGGGCGAGAGAUCGGCUGCAAAUUCAAGAACCUGCAGAUAUGGGCAUAAAGACAUUAGAGGAGAUCAGAGACAUGUGGGCGAUGCUUCUCAUCUACUCUGCAGGCAAGUCCAAGGCAAACAUGCACGCAGCGCAGCUGAGCAAAGGCGGGGAGCUCCUUACCUUUGCUUGGUUGCUUAUGGCCCAUCUACAGCUUGGAGACGUUGGCGAGCAAUUUGAAUUCCUUUUUGGCAGCGUCCCUGGUCCGGAGAGCAAAGAGGACAACAGAGACUUGCAGUGGCGGAGCCAGGAUCUCACGACGCCUAGGGCUCAAAUUGAAGGAACUAUCCAUGAUAAUUCAUACGCUGAAGUACAAAGUACAGAUAAAAAAAACUGCAAGACUGAAAUAACAGAGCAAAAUCAAGCCUAA